AUGGGUGCCCUACCCGAAGACAGUGAGUUUUUCUGGGAGAAGGAGCCCACGCCGGUGCUGGAUACAUUAGAAACUCCUGCCCAGUUGAAGAAGUUUUCUUCCAAGGAACUGAAACUGUUGGCUGAGGAAAUCCGAUCAGAGAUCCUCUACAUCGCGUCCAGAGCAGGCCGGCCCUUUAAAGCCAGCGUUGGAGUGGUGGAGCUGACCCUCGCCAUACAUUAUGUCUUCAACGCGCCAGUGGACAGGAUACUGUGGGAUGUUGGUGAACAGGUUCCUGCUAGCAUGAUCAUUCCCCUGAUUUAGAUGGAACUGGUAUUAUUAUUCGUUCAGUCAUGGUUUUUCGUGGAACCCUGUGAGACAUUUAUAUUUUCCAAUUGGACAGACAUAUGCUCAUAAGAUUCUGACUGGGAGACGGUCUCUCAUCCACUCGCUGAAGCAGAAGAAUGACACCUCAGUUUUCACGUCACGUUUGGAGAGCGAGUAUGAUGCUUUUGGUGCAGGACAUGGAUCCAACAGUGUCUCUGCUGGGCUAGGUAGUGAUUUCUCCCAAUUUAUAGGCUUAUUUUUAAAUCAAAAGAACGUUCAUUCUGCAUCUCCUGCAUUACUUCAUCAAUUAUCUAUCUGUCUUCAGACCCUAUUUUUAUUUCUCACGAAAAUAAAUCCCAUAUUUUGAUCUCAGCAAGACAUUUGAAAGUGGUUUCAUCUGCUUGCGAGCUGUGGUUAUGCUUAAGAGAACAUUAUUCAUUCACGAGAAUGAGAAAAGCUCACCUUUAAGUACUUCAGCUCGAAGGGGUUGCUAAUUCGAUUUUUUUCUUUUGUUCAUUAGUACUUGCCAAAUAAUACUUAUCUUCAUUUGGCAAGGUUUAAUAAAUCGUUCUACUAAUGGCUGUAUUUUUUUGAUGUGCCCCCCCCCCCCCCCAUGUCAGGGAUGGCAGUUGCAAGAGACCUUAAAGGGAAGAAGGAGCGGAUAGUGACAGUAAUUAGUAAUUGGUCCACCAUGGCUGGUCAGGUCUACGAGGGAAUGAGCAAUGCUGGCUAUCUUGAUUCCAAUAUGGUUGUAAUCUUGAAUGAUAGUAGGCAUUCAUUGCAUCCAAACCCAGAUGAAGGUCAAAAGAUGACAGUCAGUAGUCUUUCAAGCAUUCUUAGCAAGAUUCAGUCAAGUAAAUACUUUCGAAGAUUCAGAGAAGUUGCGAAGGUAUGCUUCCUUUUCUUUCCGCUUCUCAUUUCUCAGAGCGGCCUACAACAACGGCGAUUCUUUCUAGACCCGGAGAUCAAGAACAGCGACCACCCAAAAUCUCUCUUGUCGACUGAUUCAGGUCGAUGUCUUGUGUUGUAGCAAAAAAUGUCUUGCCCCCCUAACAAUCAAACAUUACAGGAGGACCUACUAGGGAACAUUACUCGAAGAAGUCACAGAGGGUCUAGUUGAUGUAAUGUGCUUUCUUGGCAACUCGGUGCUCCCCUCAAAACCGAGUACCUUUCCUUUUCCUUGGAGUCAAUUCAUCCAGACCAGAAGAUCAGGCAUUCCUGAUUUUAUUUUGACGGGAAUAUCCUUCCCUAAAUUAUAAAAAAAAAAAACAGAAAAUCAGUGAGGAAUCUCUUAGCCUCUGAUAGAGGUGAAAUCGAAUAGAUAAGAUGAAGUGUGUGAUAUAAGAGGAUAUGGGUUUUUUUUAUAAAAUACUCUCUAUUUUUAAAUUUCGUAUGCUCGCAUUCUUUAUUACAUUUUAUUAGAAAUACAUUUUCACUCAUAUCAUAUGUUUUUACGAGUAAGAAGCAUGCAAUUAUGAAUCAUUUUGCAAUGACUUUCCCGUCAAUUUAUUCAAACAAAUUGGUAUCCAUGUCAGCCAAAAUAAGAUAGCUAACACUAUGCCGAAAUUUUGUUGCGCUCAUUGCUGAUGUGUUCAGGGUCUUACGAAACGGAUUGGUAAAGGGAUGUACGAGUUGGCAGCAAAAAUUGAUGAGUAUGCGCGUGGUAUGCUUGGUCCUUCAGGAGCAACUCUCUUUGAAGAGCUCGGUCUAUAUUACAUUGGUCCAGUUGAUGGGAACAACAUUGAAGAUCUCAUCUGUGUACUCAAUGAAGUGGCAUCACUGGAUUCAACUGGGCCAGUGUUGGUUCAUGUCAUCACAGAAGAGGCUAUUGGCAAUGCGUCCGGGAUUGAUGUGGAAGGACAAGCUGUCAAACAACAAGGUCCGUUUUAAAAUCUUCCUAUAGCUAAUCAUCUGCUUGCCAUGUUGUUGCUGUAUGCAUUUUCUUCGUGUUUCCUGUUUCACGAAUGAAUUUAAAAUAUGUACUGAAAGAUUAUAUCUUUUUUAAAUCCCUUUCUUCUCCAUCUUGGGGCAAUCCAAAGGCUUUUUUGCUUUUCUUGACAGAAAAAACUCAGGUUAUAAUUCCUAAUAUAGAUAUCAGGGUUUUUUUUUGGGUGGUAUUGGAAAACCAUCAAUCAGGUCAUGAAAUACUAUUGCUCCACUGAUACUCUUUCUAUCAGAUCUGCAAAGGAAAAUAUCAUCUUUCAGCCCUCUGUAAACUCCCGAACAAAAUUUUCUGAGAUUUGUCUUUCUGCUCAGGAUGGCAGCUGCUCCGUUUAUGUGAAUUAAUCUUCCAUAUUUAUUGAAAAUACUCCAUCAAAGUGCCCAUAUUUUCUAAAUAUGGUGCAUAUUUGACUAUGCAAAUGAUAAUAAUACUUCUCACAGCGACCUAAAUGUAGGUAGGACCCGGCGAAGAAUCCUAGACAUUGGUAGAGCUUUUCGAAUGUAAGGUGCAUUGAUACAAGAGAUCCAUUGAUGUUGACGAGGCUAUCUGGUUAUGGUUAUUUGUUUCUUUUGGUAAAGGGUUCGGUUGCUAGAUAUUUACUCGCUAAUCGUUCCCUGCUAUGCUGCGCAGUUGUUCAUAAAACGCCAGGCUACAUCUCAGAAUCUUCAACGGCAGGCCUUUCAAGGACGUACAAUGACUGCUUUGUCGAAGCUCUAGCUGCAGAGGCGGAGACGUCUACAGAAAUUGUAGCCAUUCACGCGGGUGUUGGGAUGGACGCUUCACUCCGAUUUUUGCAGUCUAAGUUCCCCGAGAGGUUUUUUGAUGUGGGUAUGGCCGAGCAGCAUGCCGUCACAUUUGCCGCCGGCCUGUCUUGUGGGGGCUUCAAACCCUUCUGCAUAAUUCCGUCGACAUUUCUGCAGAGAGCAUAUGAUCAGGUUUCUCCUCUCUGUGGGCAAUUCUUUAUGUCCCUACAUUGAAGCUACAUCUCUAUCUCUCUCUCUCUCUCUCUCUCUCUCUCCCUCUCUCCCUCUCUCUUUCUCUCUUGCAACUAUUGCUCUUAGAUGUCAUGAAUUUACGUUCAGAGCUGUAUGAUCAUGCCUGAUCUACGAAAGCUUUGGAUAUGAGAUAAUCCUUUGUAAACUUUCUAGAAGAAAAGAAACUGGUGAGGAUCUCAACAUGUUUUCUUUCCACCAACCAAUGCUACUAGAAUCAGGGCUUAAAGCUUCAUCAAUGAGGGCCUAGAAAAAUCUUGAGUUUAUGUUUAUGUCUGUUGCUUCAUCAAUAAGGGCAUUUCUAGAACUCUUAUAGCUGGAGAGUUGACUUAUUGGAGUCCUUUUGACUACUGUUUGGACGAUUUCAUAGUUCGUCCGUUGUUGUUUCAGAGUCAAAUGACUUCGUUUCAUGACAUAAACGGAUGUCCCAUCUUCCAUUGAAAACCCCGCAGGUCAUUCAGGAUGUGGAUCUUCAGAGAAUUCCGGUGCGGUUUGCGAUCACCGACGCUGGACUGGUUGGGUCUGAUGGCCCAGUUCGGUGCGGGGCCUUUGACAUCGCAUUCAUGGCAUGCCUGCCUAACAUGAUCGUGAUGGCGCCGUCAGAUGAGGAUGAGCUCGUUCGCAUGGUUGCCACUGCCGCGCAGAUCAACGACAGGCCGGUCUGCUUUCGAUUCCCCAGGGGAGCCAUUACUCUAAACACCCCUUUAUAUAGUGGGGUACCACUUGAGGUGAUUCCUUCAUCUGCAUCAGCUUUAGAUCCUGUUUGACUCCCGCACUGUCAGAUUCUCUCGUUUGACGCAACUCCAUUGUUUGACUCGGCUUCACUUACCAACAUCUUGACUUCUGCUUUAAAAGGCACAUUUUUAUUUUUCUUUUUUUAUUUUUUUUAUGUGGUCACAACACCAUAUUUGUCGCAAGAAAUUCCUGCAACCUGCCCUUUUUCUACUGCCAGUUCUGGUUUUCAUGGCUUUCCUCUGAUUCAGAUUGGGAAGGGGAGAGUUCUUGCGGAUGGGGAGGAUGUGGCCCUGCUCGGGUACGGAGUGAUGGUGCAGCACUGCCUGAAGGCGCGCGCCCUUCUGGCCCACCUCGGAGUUCAGGUGACCGUCGCCGACGCCAGGUUCUGCAAGCCACUCGACAUCGAGCUCCUCCGCCGGCUGUGCGUUGACCACAAGUUCUUGAUCACCGUGGAGGAAGGCACAGUUGGGGGGUUCGGAUCCCACGUUGCCCAGUUCAUGGCCCUCGACGGGCUGCUCGACGGAGGAAUCAAGGUGUCCGUCCACCUCACCAUCUUCCUCGCUUCCUCCACUCUCGACGAUCAGAAAAAUCGUCGACCUUCUCUCAGCUUUGAAGCCACAUUUCUACUUUUGGCCAGUUUUUCCUUCCUCCUUCCUGAUCUCGAACAUCGAUCGGAUCUGUUUCAGUGGCGGCCGAUCGUGUUGCCGGACAGCUACAUCGACGGAGCGUCGCCCAAGGAGCAGCUCGAGAUGGCGGGGCUGACCGGUCACCACAUUGCGGCCACCAUUCUGAACAUCCUGGGCCGAGCUCGCGACGCCCUCCUGUUGAUGAGGUAG